GGGCGCGUGCCCUGUACCGGAAGUGCUCAGUCGACUUCCUGUCGACGCCAUUUCGUGAUUUAUUCAUUUGGCGGUUGCUUUCGUAGUGGUUUCUACGGAACUAUAAAUCGGCAGUAAAGAUGGUUAAGAUCUUUGUCGGCAACCUUUCCUCGACUGCGACCAAAGAAGACCUGCACAGUCUUUUCUCGCAGUAUGGCAAAGUUGCGGAGUGCGACGUGCUGAGAAACUUUGGCUUUGUGCACAUGGAUUCCCAAAAGGAAGCCGAGGAGGCCGUCCGUAAUCUCCACCACCACGAACUGCACGGGCAGCCCAUGAAUGUGGAGAUGAGCCGAGGGAAACACAAAGGGAGCACCAAACUGCACGUAGGCAACAUAAGCAGCAGCUGCACUAAUCAGGAGCUGCGGGACAAGUUUGAGGAGUUCGGCCCCGUGGCUGAGUGCGACAUUGUGAAGGAUUAUGCCUUCGUUCACAUGGAUCGAAGGGAAGAUGCGCUGGAGGCCAUCAAUGUGCUGGACAAAUCAACCUUUCAAGGCAAGGUGAUAAAUGUACAACUGUCCACCAGUCGCCUCCGAACUGUGCCUGGCAUGGGAGACAUAACCGGCUGUUACGUCUGCGGAGAACCCGGUCACUGGUCCAAAGACUGCAGGCGUGGUCAGAACGGUAGCUAUGGCGGCGGUCACAUGGGGGGAAUCCGUGCUACAAGGGGUUUCCCCAGAGCAGGUCCUGUUUAUGGUGCUGGAGGACCUGUGCCAUUUCCCACCCGGAGCUAUCCAGCGCCACUUCCCCCUGUCCCAACAGUGAGCCACGCCCCCACCUACGGCAUUGCACGGGAGUAUCCUGUGGAAGCUCGGUACCUCAGCAAACCGAUGAGCCUCUACCCAGAGAGGUCCACCUCGUACGAGCGUGACCGGUACAGCAGCAUUGAUUACUAUGAGAAGUAUCGGGCUCGGCCUUUUGCUACUAGCUAUCUUGAAGAUAGACGUCUCGCCAUCCCCCCUCCUCCCCCCCUCUCUUCUUCCUCUCUCUCAAGGAUGCGGUUGGCUCCUUCCAGCCUUGACCCAUAUGACCGGCGCGCUCUACCGCCACCGUCCUCGGCGGCCUCUGUGUACUACUCGCGGGACCGUAGCCCGAUCCGAAGAGUCGGCGCCGGCUCUGAGGGCUACUCGUAUGAGCGCUCGCGUCUUUCCCCGGUUUCGAGGAGCAGCUCGUACACCGUGUCGCGGGCCAGGGACACCCCCACCGACCGGGCUCGGUAUGAUUACUAAGCCGCGCGCAUGCCAAGGUGCUUUGAAAGAGCAGGAUUUUCUUUUAGCAAUCAUUCCCUCCACCUUCCUCUGGUCAACAGAAAUAUUUCCAGAGGCAUGAUUGGAUUUGAAUGGAAGCAGGACUGAGAUGUGCACACCCAUUAUCAUUUCGAGUCGCUUUCAGCUUAUGAAUGUUUCAGACCUAAUAGCGCUAUCUUUUCUGCAUUACCCAGUGUAAAUGACACUCUUUUUCUUUUGGUCUUCUUUUUU